AUGCUGCUCGGGUGGGCGUCCCUGCUGCUGUGCGCGCUCCGCCUGCCCCAGGUCGCGGUCGGCCCCGCCGCGGCACCUGCCCAGGAUAAAGCCGGGCAGCCUUGGGCUGCUGCAGCGGCCGCCCAGCCCCGCCAGCGGCAGGGGGAGGAGGUGCAGGAGCGGGCCGAGCCUCCGGGCCACCCGCACCCCCUGGCGCCGCAGCGCAGGAGCAGCGGGCUGGUGCAGAACAUCGACCAGAUCUACUCCGGCGGCGGCAAGGUGGGCUACCUCGUCUACGCGGGCGGCCGGAGGUUCCUGCUGGACCUGGAGCGGGAUGGUUCGGUGGGCGCCGCUGGCUUUGUGCCUUCAGGAAGCGGGCCGAGGGCGACCCGGCGCCACGGGGACCACUGCUUCUACCGCGGUACGGUGGACGGCAGCCCACGCUCCCUGGCUGUCUUUGACCUCUGCGGUGGUCUCGACGGCUUCUUCGCGGUUAAGCACGCGCGCUACACCCUGAAGCCGCUGUUGCGCGGGCCCUGGGCCGGGGCUGGGGCCGAGGCCGAGGCCGGGCGAGUGUACGGGGAUGGGUCCUCGCGGAUCCUGCACGUCUAUACCCGCGAGGGCUUCAGCUUUGAGGCCUUGCCGCCGCGCACUAGCUGCGAGACUCCCGCGUCCCCGCCAGGGCCUCGCGAGCGCCCCCCGGCGCACAGCAGCCCAGACCGACGCUGGGCGCUGGCCCCGCAGUUCCUGGACCAGUCAGCUCCCUCCUCCGACGGGGGCCAGGGACCCCAGACGUGGUGGCGGCGGCGGCGCCGCUCCAUCUCCCGGGCCCGCCAGGUGGAGCUUCUCCUGGUGGCUGACGCGUCCAUGGCGCGCAUGUAUGGCCGGGGCCUGCAGCAUUACCUGCUGACCCUGGCCUCCAUCGCCAACAGGCUGUACAGCCAUGCCAGCAUCGAGAACCACAUCCGCCUGGCCGUGGUGAAGGUGGUGGUGCUGGGUGACAAGGACAAGAGCCUGGAGGUGAGCAAGAAUGCGGCCACCACGCUCAAGAACUUUUGCAAGUGGCAGCACCAGCACAACCAGCUGGGGGAUGACCAUGAGGAGCACUACGACGCGGCCAUCCUGUUUACGAGAGAGGAUUUAUGUGGGCAUCAUUCAUGUGACACCCUGGGAAUGGCAGACGUCGGGACCAUAUGUUCUCCGGAGCGCAGCUGUGCCGUGAUUGAAGAUGAUGGCCUCCAUGCAGCAUUCACCGUGGCUCACGAAAUUGGACAUCUCCUUGGCCUCUCCCAUGAUGAUUCCAAAUUCUGUGAAGAGAACUUUGGUUCCACGGAAGAUAAGCGCUUAAUGUCUUCCAUCCUAACCAGCAUCGAUGCAUCCAAGCCCUGGUCCAAGUGCACCUCAGCCACCAUCACAGAAUUCCUGGAUGAUGGCCACGGUAACUGUUUGCUAGAUCUACCACGCAAGCAGAUCCUGGGCCCCGAAGAACUGCCGGGACAGACGUACGACGCCACGCAGCAGUGCAACCUGACCUUUGGGCCCGAGUACUCCGUGUGCCCCGGCAUGGAUGUGUGCGCCCGCCUCUGGUGCGCCGUCGUGCGCCAGGGCCAGAUGGUGUGUCUCACCAAGAAGCUGCCAGCCGUGGAGGGGACACCAUGUGGGAAAGGGAGGAUCUGCCUGCAGGGCAAGUGUGUGGACAAAACCAAGAAAAAAUAUUAUUCAACAUCAAGCCAUGGCAGCUGGGGAUCCUGGGGGUCCUGGGGCCAAUGUUCUCGCUCAUGUGGGGGAGGAGUGCAGUUUGCCCAUCGGCACUGCAAUAACCCCGCACCCAGAAACAGUGGCCGCUACUGCACAGGGAAGAGGGCCAUCUACCGCUCCUGCAACGUCAUGCCCUGCCCACCAAACGGUAAAUCUUUUCGUCACGAGCAGUGUGAGGCCAAAAAUGGGUAUCAGUCUGACGCAAAAGGAGUCAAAACGUUUGUGGAAUGGGUUCCCAAAUAUGCAGGCGUCCUGCUGGGGGACGUGUGCAAACUGACCUGCAGAGCUAAGGGCACCGGAUACUAUGUGGUGUUUUCUCCAAAGGUGACGGAUGGGACUGAAUGCAGGCCGUACAGUAACUCCGUGUGCGUCCGGGGCAAGUGCGUCCGCACUGGCUGUGAUGGUAUCAUCGGCUCGAAGCUGCAGUAUGACAAGUGUGCUGUGUGUGGGGGAGACAACUCCAGUUGCACAAAGGUGGUUGGAACUUUCAAUAAAAAAAGUAAGGGUUACACUGACGUGGUGAGGAUCCCCGAAGGGGCAACCCACAUAAAAGUUCGACAGUUCAAAGCCAAAGACCAGACUCGAUUCACUGCCUACUUAGCCUUGAAGAAGAAAAACGGUGAGUACCUCAUCAAUGGGAAGUACAUGAUCUCCACCUCAGAAACCAUCAUCGACAUCAAUGGAACCGUCAUGAACUACAGCGGCUGGAGCCAUAGAGACGACUUCUUGCACGGGAUGGGCUACUCAGCCACGAAGGAAAUUCUCAUAGUGCAGAUUCUUGCAACCGAUCCAACUAAAGCGUUAGAUGUCCGUUACAGUUUUUUUGUUCCCAAGAAGUCCACCCCAAAAGUCAACUCUGUCACCGGCCACGGCAGCAAUAAAGUGGGCUCACCCAGUCCACGGCUGCAGUGGGUGACGGGCCCGUGGCUUGCCUGUUCUCGAACCUGUGACAUGGGCUGGCACACCAGGACGGUGCAGUGCCAGGACGCCAACCGCAAGUUAGCGAAGGGAUGCCUUCUCUCUCAGAGGCCUUCCGCGUUUAAGCAAUGUUUACUCAAGAAAUGUUAGCCUGUGGUGAUG